UGUUGGACACCUCAGACCCAAACCCCUGCGGCACCGCCAAUAUCAUCAUUAUAUGGCCGGAUAGCGUCCCUGUAAUUCGCGGGAAAAUAAACUCUGGCGCGGUUGCGGGAGUCUUCUUUCCCUCUCUCGGGGAUUCAAAAACGCCGUCCUCAACCAAGACGGAGACGGCGAUGGAGGCGCCCGCGAGCCCCACGCCCAUUGACCAGGGCGAGCUUAAUCUGAGGAAGCGACUCAAAAGCCACGGGGCAGAAGAUGUGAUGAAGCGCGAGCACGAAGAAGAAGAGGAGGAAUUGGAAAGGUUGCUACUUCCCGACCCAGACCAACUGCCGGUCGUACCCCCGUCUGCCGUCCACUGCAAUUUCGUUGCCGACUUUCUGAAGACCGGCCACGAUCAUUAUAUUUAUCGCCAUGCUAACGGAUUGCGUGUGGUCUGUUUGGCACCGACUCACGUAGCCCUAGCGGAGGAGGCAGGGAUUACGGCUGUUGAUUUCAACACCCGAAAGACUGACAAGAGCGAGAUGAAGGUCAUCGGCAAGCGGAAGAAGGCUGCUAGAGAAGGUUAUGUAGCAAUUUUAAUGCCCAAGCCAGAGGAUUGGCUCAAGAGCAAGGAUUACUUCCUGAACCUUGAAGAGUACAAGAAGCUGAGAGGCAUCCCCUGAUUACAUAAUUGUGCAUGAUGGUGCAAUCACAAGUAGAUAAACACAUGCCAUUGGCUUGGACGCACAAGACCUAAAAUAUUUCAGGAUUAUUUGAGUUAAUCUUAACUUGGUUGAUAACAUGUUUGUUCAGCAUUUGAAUUGAUACAUAGCUUGACCCCAUAUAUGUGUGUGUCCGUGUUGUGCUUAAAUAAAAGCCAGACUAAUCAUCAUUGUUCUCAAAAUUGGGCUGAAUCAAGCGGAUGUAUGCCCUUUCACUGAAAAGAAAACAUUUUAAGAUCUAUUAAUUAGCUUUCUUACUGCUUUUAAGAGUUUGAAAAUUCAAAAUGGACAGUUCAUCCUGAUUCGAAAAUAGGAUGCCCUUCUUUUUCCUUUUUUCCUGUUUUCAUACCCAAACCCAAUCUAACAUUAAAACCCAAAACACAUGCUGAAGCCGUUAUGUAAACCUUAGACCUGAAUUCAACCUUCGCUGGAACGACUCAAACCCAAUGCUGCCUCCCACAUGUAUAUGUUUGGAGAUGAAAUUCGAUUCGUCGAUGGCGACUCUCUUCCACCUUCUACAGGUGUAUAUUUGGAACUGAAAUUUGAUUCGUCGAGACCGACUCUCUUCCAACCCAUG